AAACUUAAUAAAAGUCGUGCUGAUCAUCUGAUACAGUGACAUAAGGCAUCAGCUGAGCCGCGAGGAGGAGGAGGAUGCUACUGAUGUCACUUUGCUAGUCGCACACAUACUUCAAACAUCAACAAAGCGAAAGAGGGUAGCGAGUUUACUGGAGGAUGGCGUUUGUGAAGAGCGGAUGGCUGCACAGACAGAGCACCAUCCUGCGGCGCUGGAAGAGGAACUGGUUUGACCUCUGGUCAGAUGGACGUCUGGUCUUCUACGAUGACCAGCAGCGGCGGGACAUGGAAGACGAGAUCCACAUGAAGGUGGACUGCAUCAACAUCCGCAACGCCAGCGCUUGUAGAGAGCUCACGCCACCCGAAGGCAAAGGCAAAGACUCCCUCCUGCAGAUCGUCUGCCGGGACGGUCGGGUCAUCAGCAUCUGCGCAGACAGUGCAGAUGAUGCGUUGGCUUGGACCAUGGCCCUCCAGGACGCCAGACUCAACACUGUUGUGGCGCCCACUCAGAUCGGUUUUGCCGAGGAUGUCGUAGCAUCAGCACCUCCGCCCUAUUCUGAAUUAAAUCCAACUCCACAGGUUUUCUAUCCUGAUGGAUAUGGCGGUUAUGUUCCUCAUCCUCCGCCUUACGCCACACAGAUGGUCUAUUCUGCGGAUGGGCAGCAGUAUGCAGUUGCUUACCCUUAUCAUUAUCAAGGUGGAUACGCACCCGGUGUCAACCACGUCAUAGUGCAGGAGCGUCGCCGUGACGACACAGGUGAUGUCGCUCUGGGGAUGUUGGCCGGCGCUGCGACGGGAUUGGCCCUCGGCUCUCUAUUUUCCGUAUUCUAAUGUGUUUGCGUGAACCCAGCCCAACCCCUCCUGACCUACAGCACGGGAAACUUUUCCCGUGUUGUUUUAACUUUGCCUUCACACCUCGUAUUGCGCAGGUCUGAUAAUGUAGCCGGGCUGGGGGUGCGUUCGCUUUCUUUUCUGUAUUCGCCUUUGUACCAAAGCUUAUGUACUUUUGAUUAGGCACCAAAAAACGUGUUUGCUUUGCAAAUUUAAUAUGUAACUUACAAAGAUGUACACUAAAAUAUUGGCGGCUAGCCUCAAGAUAAGGAUAAUCAGUAAGGGUUAAAGAUCACCUGCUCUUUAAUAAGACAAAGUGUCUAUUAUCGUCUUAUACUAACGAUGUCCUAUGAUGAAAUGACAGACCCUGAUGAAAUGAAUGAUGGGUAACCUGUUUUGUUUUUUUCCUGUUAGUUCUUGAAACUGUUUUCAGUGUCACUUGUAGCUGCAAAGACAAAAUUUUGCUGAAUUAAAUAUUACUGACAGUCUCGUUUAAAAAGAAUAGUUCACUCAAAAAUAAAAGUUCUGUCAUAAAAUAUAUAUAUAGUAAGUUGUUUUUUUUUUUUUUUCUUUGAGAAAGUGAAAACCUAUAACUUUUUUUCUUUGGUGAAAUUUCUUCAACAUAUCCAUUUUUAUUGUAUGGAACAUUUUGUUAAUCAUCUUUAAUUAAAAAUCAUAUGAGUUUUAAGCAAUUUUAGAACAAGUGGAUAAUGACAGAAUUUUCAUUUUUGUGUGAAAUAUUCAUUUAAAGCUAAUUUGACAAGAAAAUAAGACUAAUAAUGAUGCAUGAUUAAUACUGUGACGGCAGUUGCGAUGUUAUUCAGGAAAGAGUAAAGAGUGUCCUUAAAUCUAGCUUUUCUAGUUAUUUUUCCUUUCUUUGCCUUUGUUUUUUUUGUGGCGGCCUUCGUUUAACUCAUUUAAUUGUGUUUAUUUAUACUCAGUGUUAUCAAGUGUGUAUUUUCCCCUUUUUUGUGGAGACUUUACACUUUGUGAGAUAAUUUUAGGUUUAUUUCUGUGAUUUAUUUUGUCUUGACUCCUAUGUGUAUGCAAAGUUUUUCUUUCUUUUAAGUUAAUAUCGAAUGUUUGCAUAUUUCCAGUUAACUAGCACAAUGAUUAGUCCCAAUGUUUGUGAUUGGAUGCGAUAAGGGAAAUUUCAGGGAAAAGUUGGAUCGACUCGUGAUUGGUUAGACUCACUGUCACAUUUACACACAAUUAUGUGAUCGAUUUGACUUUGUGUUUACUUAACAGGUAUAAUUAUGAGCAUAUAAGUGAUAAUAAUCUUAAUAGUUUUAUUCAUACAGGAUUUAUCAGAAUGGAUUUGAGGUCUUGGUUUAGUUUAACUCAGGUCCUUUGCUUUGAAACUUGUGUGACUAAGUUUAAUGGACCAAUGAUUUAGAAAAAUGACAUUUUCAUCUGAGAUAUGCUUAUGAUUUCUAAUGUUUUUUUUCUUUAUUGCUUUGUUGUUUGAACCUCACAAACAUCAUUUAAAUGUUGCAAAAUAUACCAACAUAAUCAUCAAUGUGUUAUUUAUAAACUAUUAAAAUAUGUCCUGUGA